GACUUGGAGUAGCUCUCCUCUGCGCGAGGCUCACCGUUUUGGGGCUUGGCAGUGAGUGAUGACUACAGCACGGGCAGCUCAAGUCUAGCUCUAGCAAUCUGGCACGCACACACACACACACACACUAAAAAACACAGAGAAAGAGAGAGAGAGACAGUGGAUGUCACAAAUGAACCGUGGCAGGUGCAGUUUUUCUACUUGGAAGAAGCUGGAUAAUGCAAAUGAGUUGAAAGGAGAAAACAGCUUCGUAUGGAUUUAUCUGAUGUGAUCCUACUUGUUUUGGAAGAUCACACACUGCUCAAGAGGAUCCGAAUUGCUUCUAUCCUGCUAUUCCUGGGACUUUGCAUUCUAAAAGAACUGGUGUUAAAGUUUCUCCAUCCAGUUUUUAAAUCUUCAAUCAAAAAACUAAUGGCUAUCAAACAUGUUAAUUGCACCCAUAAAGGGCGCACUUAGCGCACUCUCUUCGGAGCGUCAAUACAAUGCCUGGAUUACCCUUUUGACUGCCUUGUGAACCCGUGUGAAAUCAUCGCGGAGGAGGUACGGCGGGGGGCCGAGCGGGUGGGAGCUGCAUUCCUCCACUUGAGACCAAACUGAGAAUCCUGAGCAUCCUGACUGCUGCUUCAAGCCGAUCGGAUACAAACGCUGUAGGGACAGGAGUGGAACCACCCUUCACGGUCUGGGUCAAAGGGAUUGGCAGAAGAAUGCUGGCGCCAGGUGCCCAGGGGCAGGAUGGCGUUGUGUUGGCAGAGAGCUGCGGUUGUUAGAUGGUUCCUCUUGAUGCUCCUGUGGCACUGGGCACCUCUGGGCCCACUGAGCUGGUUUCUGGCUCUGGCUGAGCGUCUGGACCAGAAGACCUCACCGUUCUCUUCUAUCUCCGGCCGGAGCAGCGGCCAGCUGGACUGGCUCCUGUCUGAUAAAGGGCCCUUCCAUCGCUGUCCAGAAUACACAGAAUUCAAAGAACGCUUCCAACAAGGCUUCUCCACACGCUACAAAAUCUACAGGGAGUUUAGUCACUGGAAAGUGAACAGCUUGGUGACAGAGAAGAGAGACUUCUUCAAAGCCCCGCUGCCUUUGGCGCCAGAGUUUUUACGCAACCUCAGGCUUCUAGGGAGAAGGCCGAGCCUUCAGCAGAUCCAUGAAAAUCUGAUCAAGAAAUAUGGCACUCAUUUCUUGGUAUCAGCCACAUUGGGAGGAGAGGAGUCACUCACGAUCUUCUUGGACAAACAGAAGCUGAGCAAAAAGUCAGAGGGCAACGGAAACAGCUCCGUGGUCUCCCUAGAAAUCUUGCACCAGUUGGCGGCGUCGUACUUCACAGAUAGAGAAAGCACCCUGCGAAGACUCCACCACCUGCAGAUCGCUACAUCUGCCAUCAAGGUAACGGAGACCAGAACGGGGCCUCUUGGAUGCAGCAACUACGACAGCCUGGAUUCCGUCAGCUCCGUCUUAGUGCACAGCCCAGAAAAUAAAAUCCACCUAAAAGGUCUACAGGAUGUGCUUCCUGAGUUCCUGCGGAAUCGUUUUGUGGAGGCGGCCCUCAGUUACGUGGCGUGUAAUUCAGAGGGCGAGCUACUGUGCCGCAACAAUGACUGCUGGUGCCGCUGCUCCGCGAAGUUUCCUGAUUGUAACUGCCCCUUCGCAGACAUCAAAGCCAUGGAGGAGAGUCUGCGCAAGAGCAAAGAGUCGUGGGUCAACCUCAACAAUGAGUUUAUGGACUCAGAUGAGUUCAAGGCCUUUCUCAAGAAAUUGCCAACGGAUCAUUUUUUAAACACCUCUGCCAUCUUAAAGUUCUGGACGUCAGAUCUGGUCCUGCAGAGACGUUAUGGUCUGCUGGAGGCGAGCACUAAAGUGGUGCUGGGAAAAGCCAUCAAGAUUGUGCGCAAACUCUUCGCUCUCAGCAAGCGCUGUCCUACACAGCCAAAGAUCAGCCUGCCUAGAGAAAGGACUCUGGGUUUUUGGCUCAACAAAGCCCAGUCCCUGUUGUACUGCAGCGAGCAUGGUGUGUACGGCACCUUCUCAGAGGAAAUGCAGGGCUGCAUCUGCGCCGCAGAGCAGCGCACAGUCUGCCAGGGCAACGUGCCAUGCAAGGUGGGUGAGGGGACCCUCUGCUCGUCCUGCGCCCCAGACAACAUCACCCGCUGUGGCACAUGCCUCCCAGGCAGCAUCCUCCAUAUGGGAUUCUGUCGCCCCAACAUUGCCAACUCUUUGGACCACUACGUCAACUUUGACUUUGACAUGCCAGACGCAGAAAUGCGUUACCUCCUCCAAAGGCUCGACAGCCGCAUGGAGGUCCAUGCCAUCUACAUCAGCAACGACGUGCGUCUAGGCAGCUGGUUCAACCCGGCGUGGAGAAAGCGCAUGCUGCUCACCCUCAAGAGCAACAAGAACAAGUCCAACCUCAUCCACAUGCUGAUGGGGAUCUCUUUCCAGAUCUGUUCCACCAAGAACAGCACGCUGGAACCCGUGCCUGCAAUCUAUGUCAACCCCUUCGGGGGCAGCCACUCCGAGAGCUGGUUUAUGCCUGUCAACCAGCAGGACUUCCCAGACUGGGAAAGAACUAAAUUGGACGCCUCACUCCAGUGCUAUAACUGGACCCUCGCUCUUGGCAGCAAGUGGAAGUCCUUCUUCGAAACGGUGCACAUUUACCUGCGCAGUCGCAUACUCACAGACGACCCCACCGUCAACGAGACUUAUGAGCCGCUAGACCUGGAUGACCACUCGGCCAACCUGGGCUACAUGAAAAUCAACAGCCUGAAGGUCUUUGGCUACAGCAUGCACUUCGAUCCGGAGGGGAUAAAAGACCUCAUCCUGCAGUUGGACUACCCGUACACGCAGGGCUCGCAGGAUGCGGCCUUUCUGAUGCUUCUGGAGAUGAGGGACCGCAUUAACCGGCUCUCCCCGCCGGGAGCCCAGCCGCUGGACCUCUUCUCCUGCCUGCUGAGGCACCGGCUCAAGCUUUCGUCGAGCGAGGUGGCGCGCAUACGGGAGGCGCUCCAAAGUUUCAACGCCAAGCUCCCCAACUCCACCGAGCCAGAACUCAGCCAGCUGUGCAGCUAGCUCAAAUGAGCCUCGUCGCUCAUUUUUGCCUGCCUGUGAGAAUGUAUUUGUAAAUGGGAUGAGAGAGAAAGGGAAAAGAAAUAUAUUGUCAGGGUGCGUGUAAAUGUUUGUGGAUGAGAUUGUCUUUGAAUCCCCUUCCUUUGGGCAGUAAUUGUAAGAAGCAGAAUUUCCGAUUGUGACUGAUACAGAAGCAUACCACUUGGAAACCGCAAGUUCCCAGAAUAUUCCCUUGCUGGGAAAACCUUGCUAGAUCUAGCCUACAGUCAAACCUACUUAGUGUCUUUGAGUAAGGGUUCCAAUGGGGAUUUUACCUAAGUGGACUAUCUACAUGAUCCGUGAAAAAGAACAUUUCAAGUGAGAAUAUAUAGCUACGAUUUCAUAGCACGUAUGUGCUGAAGUUGUAGUUAUUCUUGGUGAUGUCAUUGUUCAAGACGAAUACGGAGAAUCGAUAAUAAGAAAUCUAUUCCGACGUAAAGUAUCGGAGCACAGUGGUCCAAUGGUUAAAACAAUCAGCAAAGAUUCAAAUCCAUGUUUUUCUAUUUUAUCUGGAGUCGCAAAUCCUGUAUUGUGAGAUCUGUAUAUCUGUAUUUAAUGUGGAACUGAAUUGCCAGAAUGUUGGAUAGAAAUUCCUUUGUAUUCAGAGAUAUGGCUAAACCAAAAGGUAAACAUGAAAGCAAAUUGAAUGGCAAAAUUUCUUUACAGUUUUUUCACUGUUUAUGCUCACUGAAAUCUCUUUUGAGAAGGCAACCUUAAAGUUACAGUACAUACUUACAAUAUUGUUUUGAACAGGUUUGUGGGCCGCUUUGUAAAUACUGCUCAUCUCAUUCAAGGCGUGAAAAGCUUCACAUUGCUUCUUGGAUAUAUACACUGAUAAAUGCCCAUAUUUGUACUUUUUUUGAAAGUGCAAAGACCAAAAAAAACACACUUCAACACAAAACAAUUGCCUUAUGAAGUGAAGUCUCUGUUCUGAUAUCAAAGCACACCUGGCUGUAUGUCUCUCUCUUUAAGAAAAAAAAAAGAAAAUGAUUUUUUCUCUUUCUUUUUCCUCUAUACUAAAUUCAGAUUUCAAUUACAGUGACCUCUAAUAUGUAAAUGUCAGUUUUUAAUUGAAGUAUUAUAUGAGGAGUGCAUUACAUGUUAUCUAUGUGCAAAUACAGAGUACCAUUUCCAUCACCUGGUUCAAUAGCUUUGUUUUCCACAACAUUUCCCUGCUUUUCUAUUAGACAUAUGAUGAUGUGACGAGGCAUAACUGUAAUACAUGAAUUCAUUUAGUAUCUCUACAUCUAGAGGCAAUUAUUUCCACUCAGCAUUUAAUAAGUGUACAUGUACUGCUUAAGUGUUCUUGAUUAAGUUACUUGGGUUGUAGCAUUUGUCAACACAAACAGCCACAGAAUUACAGCCUUUGACAACACAGAGCAUUUAUUACUGCUUUUUAUAUAAAACUGGAAUGUGUGGAAAUGUCUGUGAAAAUUGCGUAUAUGCAUCAACAUAAAAAAACGAUCAGUUUUCUGUCAAGAUAAGAUGGAUCGCUCAAUAUAUGGGGAGCAACUUUUACAGCGCUACAUAAAAAAAAAAAAAAAACUAGAAUAAAAAAAGUGCAAUUUAUGCUGUUGUCAUGGAGAGCUGUAGGACCUUCGCAUUGUCUGUCACGAUAUAUCUGUGACUCUACUGUGAAGGGGGAAAAACAUUCUCGCUAAAUUCAGAAGAUGGAAAUCACAGGGAGUCUGUAAAUAUGAGUUGUUUAUCUUAAUGUCUAAGACAGGAAUCAGUUUUCGCCCUUCAACAAAUUGUCAAGACCGUGAAGGGCGUCUAAUCAAUCACAACAGCCCUAUGUAAACUGGCAUAGCCAUGCUCUUGAGAAACACAAUCUGAAUAUUUCUGUAUUUUUGAUUUAUUAUGACUAAACUGCCUGUUACAAUGUAUUUUUUGGUAACACUUUAUAAUAACUUUCAUAAAUGAAGUCAUAAACAAUAUUUACAUAUAUACUGCAUACUAUCGUCCAAAGGUUUGGGAUCAGUCUUCUCUAAUGCUUUCUCUUUUCUAUUUUAAUAUAUUUUAAAAUGCUAUUUUUUCUGUGAUGGCAAAGCUGAAUUUUCAGCAGCCAUUUCUUCAGUUUUCAGUGUCACAUGAUCCUUCAGAAAUCAUUUUUAAUUAUUAUUAUUACCAAUGAUGUAAACAGUUAUGCUGCUUCAUAUAUUUCUGGAAUCUGAGAUAUACUGUAUAUAAAUAUUUUGUAAAAUCAUAAAUGCUGUCCCCAAUUUAAUACGCCCUUGGUGAAUAAAGGUAUUAAUUUAUUGUUAAUAUUUUAUUUAGAAAAAAAAAAAACUUUUACUGAACCCAAACAUCUGAACUAUAGCAUAUAUAUAAAGUUCUGAAUAUUACAUUCAUAUGUAUAAUGUGAUUUAAAAUAACAAGUGAUCUUAUAAGCAUUAAUGCAUCAAAAUGUAUGAAAGUUAUUAAAUAGUGUCACCUUAUUUAUCUCAUGGACAUGUGAGAUAUGAAUCUUGAGUCCAUAUCUCAGUUUUUGGUUUGUUUGUUUUUUAUCCUCCAAUCUAAUAUAUUUCUGAUUAAACUCGCUCUAGCCAU